AUGGUCGGAACGGCAGAUCCAUAUUAUAACCGCAAGCCCAUCCCUGAUGACCUGAUCAAAGACGUCGGUCUCACUGGUCUCGCGCCGCAAGACGAGUACUGGAAUCGUGAACGAAAAUACAGUCUUAAUGGAGCAGAUGUGAGGCGCUUCAGCAGCAGCCAAAAGGGUGGUCUGGAACCACUUCACGAUCCGUACUAUAGUCGGAAGCGGCUGUCAAAGGCUGAGAUUGAGGGUGUCGGACAGACCGGUCUAACACAAGAUGAGGAGUACCAGAACCGACAACGGAAGUACAGCGUCAACGGCGUGGAUGUCAGAAAGUUCAGCACAAGCAGGAAGGGAGGCUUGGAGCCUCAAGACGACCCAUACUAUUCACGGAAACGGGUGUCAAAAGCCGAGAUUACUGGGGUCGGCGAGACUGGCAUGACCCCUGCCGAGCAGUUCGAGGUUCGCGAACGGAAGCAAUCGCUCUUCCAGCUCUCAGGUGAUCCUUUCGACCUAGUUGCCGGCCGCCACCGACGAUCGGUGUCUGGAGUUGCAAGCGGAGCGUCCGACGCAGCCACUCGACGUCGCAGCUCGGCUGUAGCCCCGGACGUCGUGGCAGCUAUGGCCUCACACAGCGGCUAUCACGGUGAUAAGCUCGCUCCGAUCGAAAGCAAACCCGAGGUGCCACCUGAGAGCUUUGGCAGCACCGGCCUCAGCGACAAUGCUACCAGUAGCCACUCGACCCUUGAUCAAGACUCUGGAGCUCCUCGCAGUGGCACUGGAGGAGGACAUACCAAAUACUAUGACGCCGCCACAACAGGGCACAAUCAUCGAGUCCAUAAUGACGAAUCAGAGAGCGUUGCACCUGAUGAGGUGAGGUGA